AUUUGAACUAGGUUAUGUUGUUUUACUAAAAAGUGGUUAUAAAAAUAUCAAAUUAUACCUAAAAUAGCAUAAAUUAUAAAACUAGCAAUAUAUUUUUUUUAACUAUGAAUAACGUAACCAAUAAAUUAUUAUUUAUAAAUAAAUUUGUGACAAAUUCGGCUUGUUUGCUGCGAAGCAGCACAGUGAUUCAAUGCCGAAAUUACUCUCGCCCAACAAGUUUCCCAGAUUACUUUCAAAAUCCAAUAUUUAGGAAGGAAGAUCAGGCGAGGCUUAUAGAGAGUGGAGAGUUUGCCAAAAUCACUGCAACACCUGUGAAACCACCAGGAUCACACGAAACCUCAUCCGUUUACCAUGACCCAUUAGUCAACAAAGUUAUCAACCAUGUAAUGGAAAUGGGCAAGAAGAAGCUGGCUCGCAGUCUUGUUGAACAAGCCUUCGAAAAUAUAAAGAGGAUGCAAAUAGAAAGAUACCACCUCGCUACCACGCCUGAAGCCAAAGCCAAAAUUGAAUUGAGUCCAAAAGCUAUCCUAUACAAAGCCAUUGAAAAUGCUAAACCAUUGCUGUUACUGUCACCUAUUAAGAGAGGAGGUAUUACAUACCAGGUUCCUGGUCCAAUCACAGAGAAGAGAUCCCUGUUCCUCGCAAUAAAAUGGCUGCUUGAGGCCACCAAUGAGAAAGAGAGAACUAUCCACUUCCCGCAGGCGUUCGCGUGGGAGUUGCUGGACGCCGCCAACAACACAGGCAAGGUGGUGAAGAGGAAGCAAGACCUGCACCGGCAGUGCGAGGCCAACCGCGCGUACGCUCACUACAGGUGGCAGUGAAUCAUUUAUUUUGUAGUUUAGCUGUAUCGAUAAUAUAUAUGUAGAUAAACUUA